AUGUCAACAAGCGAAGAGCUCGAGAUGAGCGACGUGAUAUCUGACAGAGAAUCAGAUUCAGGCUCGGAAAUGGACGAAGAGACUGGUCUCACGAAGCGCGAGCGGCGACAAAGGAAGCGUCAGCAAGAUCAUCUCGACGUUCGAAUAGGAGAACAGAUUCCGGUCUCCAGGCACGAGGCGAGACUGGCAGAUCGAGAUGUGAUCAAGAAGCUGCUCAUCAACUCUGUUCUGAUUCUGCUUUGGUACUUGUUCUCGCUUUCAAUCUCUAUUUACAACAAAUGGAUGUUCGACAAGGGUCACCUCGACUUCCAUUUUCCCCUCUUCACCACCUCUCUUCAUAUGCUCGUCCAGUUCUGCCUCUCCACCACCGUCCUCUUCUUCAUCCCAUCUCUCCGCCCCUCUCACCUCUCGCAACCAUAUACACGACUCCCUACGGAUCCCACUUCUUCCGACAACAUCGACCCAGGCAAGCCCAAACCAGUGGUAACCCCUCUGUUCUGGCUCACUCGCCUUCUACCCUGUGGUGCUGCCACGUCCCUCGACAUCGGCCUCGGCAACACCUCGCUCCGCUACAUCACCCUCACCUUUCUUACCAUGUGUAAAUCGUCGUCCCUCGCCUUUGUCCUCCUCUUCGCCUUCCUCUUCCGGCUGGAGACUCCUUCCUACAAGCUCAUCCUGAUCAUUGCCACCAUGACGGUCGGGGUUGUUAUGAUGGUUGCCGGAGAAGCGGACUUCAAACCGCUGGGCUUUGCACUCGUGAUUGCCAGCAGCUUUUUCAGCGGGUUCCGAUGGGGCUUGACACAGAUCCUUCUGUUACGCCAUCCAGCAACCAGCAAUCCCUUUGCGACACUCUUCUUCCUCUCACCGAUCAUGUUCGUCAGCCUGGUCACCAUCGCAACCUUUGCUGAAGGACCAACUGCACUUUUUGCGGGCCUCUCGGCCCUAGCGGAGAAGAAAGGCAGCAUCAUCUCCAUACUUCUCCUUGUAUUCCCUGGGUGUCUCGCUUUCUGCAUGACUACUUCGGAGUACUCACUUCUACAACGCACCAACGUCGUUACAUUGAGCAUCUGCGGCAUUUUCAAAGAAGUGGUCACGAUCACCGCGGCAGAGAUCGUCUAUCACGACCCCCUUACUCCUAUCAAUGUGAGUGGACUGCUCAUAACCAUAGGCAGCAUCGCAUCCUACAAUUAUCUCAAGAUCACCAAGAUGCGGGAAGAGGCAAGGAGGGACGUUGCCAUGGGGGCUGCCGGACCCGAUUCCUUCAUUGGUGGAGGAGGAAGUCGGAGGGGUAGCGUGGGCGUUCUGGAUGAAGGUGAUGAUGAAGGGGCGCGACUGUUUGCCGGCGAGCAAUCACGAAACCCCUCUGCAGAUCCCAAGUUAUUAUCAGGGACAGACCGUGGAGGAGGGACACCGCGUCCGCCCAAGAGACAGCAGGAUUUGGAGUAG